AUGGAAAUCUACAACCGCAGGUUGCUCCUACUCAACGAGGAUGUUCCAAUCUCAACAUCCAUAUCACCUUUUCCUCAAAUCCAACCAAACGCAUCUUCACCGUCCAUUUCAAUCACACCCCCAUCAAAAACUUUUACACCCCCUCUACAAUUACAAUUACCAUCCCAUCCAAUAUUCUCUUCCAACAUAGCCUACAUCUUCCUCCUCCUCUUCUCCACCCUUUUCUUCCUUGCCUUCAUCCUCUUAUCAUUUCGCGAACUUUCCUUCCGACGCCGGCGUAGAUAUUCACUGCGGCAGGGUUUGGAUUCUGCCGCGGUGAAGUCUCUGCCGAUGUGUGAGUAUAAGGAAGAUGUUAAGCAACCAGACUGUGUGAUAUGUUUGGAGGAGUUUGAAGUUUGCGAGGAGGUGAAGAUGAUUCCAUAUUGUAAGCACGUGUUUCAUGCGGAGUGUAUUGACACGUGGCUUUCUGCGCACGUGACAUGCCCUAUCUGCAGGUGUGUUAUUGUCGUUUGUGGCGGUGGUGGGAAUGUGGAUGAGCAUGUGGGAAGAUCAACGGUUGAGAAUGAAGGAGAUGGAGAAGUGGGGUAG